UUCUUCAUGGUCAACGAACGCUGGUACGUACACAACACGCAUUUAGGCUAGUCCAGGGUCUGAAAUGUCGAUACCGGUACCAGUGGGCAGUGAUUGACUGUGGGUUGUUCUCCGCCCGAAUGAUCGUCGACGUUCAAAGGCUAGUGGAUGGGAGUACCCGGUGAUCGGUGCCAUACGGAAUGAAACUGCUCUGAUGUCAAUGGGAUGGACGGUAUGGAGAUACUACUGCGUAGGAAAGGGGUCUCUAAUAGGCGAAUCGAAUCAUCCGAUGGGACUGGUACCCUGUCGAGGUGAAAAUAUCAAUCGGUACCUCGAGACAUGUGACAUCUGAUGAAGUUAAAGUGUUUGAACAUUAAAGACUCUUUGAAAAGAGAGAGAUUCAUACACCCGUCAGGCCUCUCUGCGAGGCCUAUGUGGGAACGAUGUGAGAUGGUCAACUGGAAAUCUGGAAUCACGUCUUCCUGUCACGUGCAGGAGUUGCACAAGAGAUCAAAAAGCCCCAAUUCCAACCACACUUCAUCCAACGUUCAAUGCUCUCGCUCUGGGGGAACUGAACUUUGGCAUUUCCACUUCACUUUCAUGUCGGUAACGUGUGUACAUAGUAUGUAUGGAGUUGGAAGCAUUGAGAGAGCUGGCAACACUCACGGAGGUCUGCGGAACAGGGUUCUUUCGGCGAACACGGCGAUUACAAAAUAUACCAAACCUCAUGCUCGUCCAGCCUGGCUGCAUUCACAUGAGGGAAACUGGCAGCGCGAGAUGCAAUCAGAUGGGUUACGCUGCUCCAAUCGACUGCAAAAUUGGUCACUCCCGCCACAAGUUGGCCACUUACCUUGCUGGAUGGUGAAGCACUGCGGGCACCCGCAGCUUGGCCAUCGUCAAACAACCAUCUGGUCUCAAGCAUGCUCUGGAUCUAAAGGUCCAAUAUCCAGACGGUCCAAUCAAGGUUUGAACUACCUAUGAAUCUUGCCAAUCCAAUUGGACACGAAACCACGCGGGUCCACAUCCUAUCCGGAUGCGCCAGGACAAGAAAGGUUGGAGUCAUCAAAACACUCUUUCCGAUCUGACUUACGGCUCCGAGCAUUGAAUCGUACAGCAAUUUAUAGAGGCCGAAUUUCAGGGAGCAUCCUGCCGCC